AUGAGGGAACUCCUCCUCAACAACAAAGUCGUUCUCCGCAAUCGAGUUCUUGGGACGGGAUCAUACUCCAAAGUUCUGGUCGCCUAUUCCAACAAAUUGAACAAGUUGGUCGCUGUGAAAAAGAUUGACCGACGACAGAAGAAUGAGUACACUCGUCGUUUUCUGCCAAGGGAAAUCAAACUCGUCGUCCAACUCGAUCAUCCCAAUGUGAUCAAGGUUUUCGAGGUAAGUGUGCUAUGUGAAAGCAACUUGACGAUAAGGUCAUUAAAACCAACGAGUACAUAUGUAUGGUGGAGGAGUAUGCUGGAAAUGGAGAUCUCCUUCGUUUGAUCAAAAGUAAGAAGAGGAUCGAUGAAUUGGAGGGUCGUCUUCUGUUCCGCCAAUUUGUGGAAGGCCUCAGAUAUCUGGAGACUAUGAAGAUUCUUCAUCGGGAUCUCAAAUGUGAGAAUCUUUUCUUGGACGAACACAACAAUUUGAAGAUCGGUGACUUUGGCUUUGCCAGAUUUAUGCAGUAAGUGUGUUAGUGAUUUGUACACGCCACUUAAAUAUUUUAGAGAUGGGGAAGUUUCCCGGACCUAUUGUGGUUCCAAAGCUUACGUUGCUCUGGAGAUUAUGCAAUCGAUUGAGUACGCGGACAACGCCGUGGACAUCUGGAGUGCUGGAGUUGUGUUGUACGUCAUGUUGACAGGGAUCAUGCCCUUUGAUGAUCGGAAGCCGCAGGAAAUGAUUUCAAUGCAGAGAGAUCACCGCGUCCGAUUUCCCCAUUCGUGCCCGUCAGACCCCGCCCGGAAGUUGAUCUACCGUAUGCUCCAUCCAGACCCCAGAAAGAGAGUAAAUCUGCAUCAAAUUAUCGGUUCAGAAUGGCUGAGAAACACUCCGUAAGUUGAAAUAAAGUCCGGUGAGAUGAUUAUUACAAUAAGGUAAUACCCAUUAUAGUUAUAUGAUGAGGGGACCCGUGACUUCAGAUGACAACAGCUGUGCCACCGCGUCCUACAUCAGCCAGGAGGAGCUGAACAAGUUCAACAAUGAUGACUGA